AUGAAAAUCUCGGCCUUAUUACUUUUCCUUUCAUUACUUCAACAAUGCCACUCAGCUAAACAUAUUGGAUUAUUCGGUUUGGAUAUCGGAGAGGAAUUUCAUGGUCAAGAAGUGAUCGAUAAACCGUGGAAUGUCACGUGCACGAUUCCAAUCUGUGAGGGCCCUCUAGCCGGGAUUUAUUGCUCGGGCCCAAUCAUCGAAUCAACAUGGCGUUUCGGUCUUCAAGAGUAUUGCCCGGGCCCGGUGCUAAAAUACGAACCCGAACAAGUCCUCGGCAAUUUUAAUGCAUUAUCAUUCCCAAUGAAGAAAGAAACUUUCGCCAAAUUCUGCGACGACAAUUUUGACAAAAAGCAAUAUUUGGAGUUGACAAGUUUGCCCGAUUACGUCGAGAAUGCAACCUUUUUGCCGAGAAUUCGAGAUCCGGAGAUGAGAACUUUUGCUAAAUUGGUGCACACGCGAUGGUCAACGCUGGCUAGACGAUUCGUCCCGGAUAUGAGACACUUGACCACCCGGCUACCCGUGCUCGUCGUCCCAAAUCCAUUCAUUGUCCCCGGUGGCUUCUUUCAAGUUUACUUCUACUGGGACUCGUAUUGGAUCAUAAAAGGCCUCUUGGUCUCCAAUAUGACGUUAACUGUCAAGGGGAUGUUGAUGAAUUUUGGCUUUAUCAUUGAUAAUCACGGCUUCAUACCGAACUCCGGGAAUAUCCAAUUAUCCCGAAGAAGCCAACCGCCACUUUUCGUGCAAAUGUUAGCCGAUUAUUUCUAUGCGACGAAAGACACCGAAUUUCUGCAAACGAUGAUGCCGACGGUGGAGAAAGAAAUGCAAUUCUGGAGGAAGAAUAGGACGGUGAAUGUAUUGGAUAAAAAUGGACGGAAUAGGACAAUGUUUCAAUAUCGGGUGAUCACGAAUUGCCCUCGACCCGAAAAUUUUCUGGUCGAUGUCGAGAAUGGUAUCAAUGGAAGCUACGAUCCACAAGAGAUCUGGAGCAGCACCGCUUCAGCUUGUGAGAGCGGAUGGGAUUUCAGCUCUCGAUGGUUUGAUCACAAUGGAUCGAAAGCUUUCACAAAGUACUCAAUCCGAACGAACACCAUUCUCCCGGUCGACCUCAACUCUUUCAUUGGAUGGAAUUUUCGGGUGCUGUCAAAUUUGUACAAACAAUUAGGAGACGAGAAGAAUAGUCAACGUUAUAAAAAAGAGUAUGAGGAAAUGCUGGAGAGCCUGGAAAUUCUAUGGAACGAGGAUGCGGGGAUUUGGCAGGAUUUGGAUUUGAAGACACGGGAAUUCAGGAAUGAUUUCUAUCCCAGCAACGUUUUUCCGUUAUUGGUUACGCAAUACAACCAAAACCGAACCGACAAACUCCGAAAGUAUCUGAAAGAAAAUCGUGUAUUGGAAUAUCCAGGCGGAGUGCCAAGUACCCUCAAAGUCUCAUCCACUCAACAAUGGGAUUUCCCGAAUGUUUGGGCACCAAAUGUGCACUUAUUUGUCGAGUGUUUACUUAAUUCGGGUGACCUCUGGCUAGUGAAACAGGCUCGGGAUCUAGCCAAACGCUUCGUGAUCACCGUCAAAAAUGGACUCGUCAAUCCAAAGGCAAAUGUGACGGCGACAAUCUGGGAGAAAUACGAUGCCCGUUUCUCGGAUGGAACAAGGGGAGAAGGCGGAGAGUACUAUGUACAGGAAGGUUUCGGUUGGACAAACGGCGUGAUGCUCGAUUUAAUUAAUAAACUCUUCAUCAAUUCAACACUGGACGAAAAAGAACAAUCGAGUUCCGAGAUUUUUGAAGAAAUGAGAAUGAUGGAGUUUUUCCGUGACGGUUUCCACACUUGGAUCAUUCUCGGAGUGCUUGUCUUUUUGAUGCUCAUCAUCUUUUGGUUCCUCAUCUUUGGCAUAAUCUCCUCAAAACUGUGUUCUUUGGGGAGUCGCCCCACCCGUGAUCGAGCCUCAAGUCAACGGCUACUCGACGAGGAUCUCGAGGAUUUUGAG